AUGCCAACAGCCACCCGCCCCUUCUCAACAACCCCCUCCCCCUCCGCCCGCAAACUCCCCACCCCAUCAUCAGCCAGCAAGCCCGCCCGCCGCAACCGCGCCGCCCCGAAGUCCGAAAACUUCAACCGCAUCCGCACCCUCCGCCGCAACAUGUUCUCCCCGGCGCCCCCGCCCCUGCGCAUGGCCCGCCAGCGCUACCUCCGCCACUGGACCAUCCACCGCGCCUGGAUGCUCUUCCGCCGCAAGCAGCACGAGGCCAUCGACAAGGAGCGCAGCAGGAUGCACGCCGGCAUGUUCAACGCCUGCGAGGAGCUGCGCAGGACGGUCGGGCCCGGGAACAGGGGCGAGGGGUACCUGUAUCGGGUUGCGAUGGAGAAGAAGGGCGUCUAUGGGCUUGAGGGCGUGCCGAUUGAGUAUGCGAGGUUUCAGACGGAUACUCCGGCCAAGGAGGCGUGGAAUCACGAUUGGAAGAGGUAG